AAAUGGACAACCUUGACUUUCAAACUACUACCUUAUAUUAUCGAUGAUCCUGACCUUCAUAUUAUUGAUGGGGUUGAAACCAUUUACGAAGAAGAUCUAGAAUCUUUCGAAAUUAAAAGUGUAUGCGAUUUAAAUAAAG